ACCACUUUGUUUAGGUCUGUCUUUGCAAAAUGGAUGUAAUGUAUAAAAUGAUCCUAAUUCCUACCCGGCCUCCAUCUUUCUUUCUCCUCACCUAUCCGUUUACUGCCAGUCAACCACCCUCUUUGCCGGUGAACCCUUUCCUCUCUCUUCUGAACAAAUCUAAGCUCCGCUCUCGGCCCCGUUUUCGGGCUUCUCACAGGGAAGUUUAGAUUCUUUUUGCGCGUGUCCCGUCCUCUUCUCCAAUUCGAAUACAUAAACCUAAUUUGGUCCACAACCCGGGAUUAAACUCUUCAAUGGAGGUUAAGCUAUGGAAUGACAAGCGCGAAAGAGAGAUGUAUGAAAACUUUGCUGAGCUCUUUGCAAUAAUUAAAGCAACAGAGAAGCUUGAAAAGGCCUAUAUUCGUGACAUAAUUUCACCAGCAGAGUAUGAGGUUGAAUGCCAAAAGUUGAUUGCUCAUUUUAAAACCCUAUCUUCCUCAUUGAAAGACACAGUCCCGAGUAUUGAGCGGUUCCAUGAUACCUAUAAAAUGGACUGCCAGGCUGCCAUAAACCGCCUUGUGACCUCUGGCGUUCCUGCCACUGUGGAGCACAGGGCAGCUGCGGCAAUGUCGGCAACUACCUCGGCAGCCAAUGUGGCUGAAUGUGUGCAGAAUUUUAUUACUGCGAUGGACUCAUUGAAGUUGAAUAUGGUGGCUGUGGAUCAAGUUCAUCCAUUGCUCUCUGAUUUAUCAGGUUCACUUAAUAAGCUUUCUAUUUUGCCGCCUGAAUUUGAGGGGAAGACAAAGAUGAGAGACUGGAUUGGGCGGUUGUCGAAGAUGGGAGCAGCAGAUGAGUUGACAGAGCAGCAGGCUCGGCAGCUUCACUUCGAUCUCGAGUCAUCUUACAACUCUUUUAUGGCUGCAUUGCCCACUGCAGGGACUUAAUUGAUCAUAGUUGAACUAGUGUAUAAGUGGAUCUGAUACUGUUUUGUUUGAGGGAGUUUCGAAAUGCUGUCUGUAUUGUGUUUCCAGUUAAUUGAUUGCAAUCUUAGUGAUUUGCUGAAGUGAUCACUGAUGAUUUUUGUAAGUAAUACUCUUUCAGGGUGGCUGGAUUGUUGAUUUCACCCUUGGAUAUGUCCUUACCACAGAAGAUACUGUUUUCGAGUUAUACUAAACUAAAUUGAAUUUGUAAUGUAACUUGGAUUGGUGGCUAUUGAUAUCGUUGUUGUUUUUAAAAUGUGGAACAGUCCUGCAAGGAAAUUAUAAUCUCACUUU